UUGUACAAAGAACCAAGGUGAGGUUAAGUUAUCUGAUGCUCUUUGGAGUGAAUCUGUCAUUACAUUGUUGCAUUACGUUUAAUAAAUAAUCCAAAAAAUAGCGGAUAGACUUUCGGAUAAAAAAAUUGUUAAUUCUUGAGAGAAAUGUACAAAUCGAAUCAGGAACCGGAUAUACCCGCGGCUCUGGGUUUAUUGUCUCAUCUGGACAACGAUGAGUUGAAGGAACUAUUAAAUAACGAUGGAAAAUUCGAAGAUAUCAUGAAAGAUAUAAAGCAGUUUAAGAAUCUUGAGACUGAAAAGGAAAUGUUAAUGGCAAGCAAUAGAUCUUUGGCUGAAUUUAACUUGUCCAAGCAACCUGAAUUAGAGGAAGGCAAACAGAUUUUAAAAGAGCUGAGCGAGCAAGCUAACCAAUUGUGUACUAGUGUCAGAAACAAAUUAGAUGAAAUGCGUGAUAAGUCUGGAACAAUGACUGUUGACACUGCACUUGAUUUAUUGCAAGCAGCUGCAGCUGAAAUUGAAGAAGAAUCAGAGGCAAUAGCAGAGAAAUUUCUAGCUGGUGAUAUCGAAGUGGAUGAGUUUUUGGAUCAGUUUUUGUCGCGAAGGAAAUUGAUGCAUUUGCGUAAAGUGAAAGUGGAUAAAUUGAGAGAACUUAUACGAAAAGGGCAUUCUUCGAACAGUACUCCUGGCUAUCCAAUUGCUUCAAAUUUCCCUGGAAUAACACCUUCUAUACCAUAUCCGACUGGACCUGUAGCUAUGCCAAUGCCAUUGCCAUCGGGAUUACCAAUUUAUAGGCCAUAUUAAAUAAUUUGAAAAAUUACAUGUUCCAUAUUUAUUUGUUUUUAAAAUACAUCUAUAUAUUUAGUCGCAGCAUAUAUAUCUGAUUUUAUCUAUUCUUUACAUAUAACUUCUCUUUGUAAAUUAAUUUUUUACUAUUUUUAUAUUAAGUGAUUUAUAUAUAUUGCAUAAUAUAUAUCAUAUAUGACUACAAUUAUGUAUUACAUGUUUAUGAAUCUUAUAUUCUUAAUGGUAAUACUUUUGAAAUAU